AUUCAUGUAACCGGAAGUGCCCGCGGUGCAUUGUGGGCCAGCGAUGGCGGCGAUGAGGGCCGUGUAUUUGCUUCGCUCCGCCGCUCCCCGGGGCCGGUGCCGGGGCCGAACCUACGUUGGGUUCACGGUGGAUCCGCGGCGGCGGCUCCGGCAGCACAACGGGGGCAGGAAAAGAGGGGGAGCCCGAAAGACGAGCGGGAGAGGGCCCUGGGAAAUGGAACUUUUCGUCCACGGCUUCCCCUCCGACGUCGCCGCCCUCAGGUUCGAGUGGGCGUGGCAACACCCAAACUCCUCCCGAUGCCUCUUGGCCCCGCCCCACCGCCGCCCCCGGGAGCAGCCAAUCAGCUUCGCCCUCCGCCUCUUGCCCCGCCUCCUUUUGGCCCCGCCCUGGUCCCGCCUCCCGCUGAGAAUCCGUUGGCUCCGCCCACCUCGUCCCGCCCUAGAGUUGGCUCCGCCCCCUCACGUAGUGGAGGAGGAAGGGGUGGGGCUGCCACGCCUUAAAAGGAAAAAGGGGCGGAGUCAAGAAGUGGAGUUGGAGAAUAUGGGGUGUGGCUUGUGUAGGGAGCAGAAAUGUCAGGGUUUUUUACAUUUCCACGCCCCUUUUAGGGACCAGGCCACGCCCCUUUUGCGCUGUCCCCGCCCCCAUUGCAAGAUGGCCGCCCAUCCCUUGUGCCUGGCCCGGCUCUUCCUGGCCCCGGAGCCGCUGCAGCUGCUGCCAGUUGGGGGCGCCUGUCCCAGGUGCCACACCCACCUCCUGUGGGGAGAUCUGAUUCGUCGCUGCCGUGGAGAGGCGGAGCCUGAAGAAGAGUGGGCGGAGCCUGAUGACAUCAUCAUCCCAAGCUCUGCCCCCACGUGAAGCCACGCCCACAAUGGGUUUUUAACAUUUUAAAUGUAUUUAUUUGUAAUUAACUUAUUUUUAUAAUAAAAUUCGAUUAUAAAUUUA